AUGACUUUUAAAGCCAGUGUGAACCCUCCCGGUGGUGUUUGGCGACAAGACAUUGCAAGUUCGGAAAAUGGGACAGUUCAUUUAACUGGAACUGCAAUUAUGGCAUAUCGACAACCAAUAUUGUACUUGAUUUACUUAAUGGCAAAUGUGGUCUCGUUCAUGGCAUCUGUGAUUUUCACGGUGUUGAGUUUACUUUGCCGGGGGACAGCGGGUGGCACUACCAGCGGAGGAGGUGCUCAUUUCGGCGGUGCUGGCCAUGCUGGAGGAUUGCAUCAUGGACAUGCCGCCCUACACCACGCAGGAGACCAUUUUGGAGGUGGAGGACACGAUCACGGCGGCGGCGGCGGUGGUGGAGGUGGAGGACACGAUCACGGCGGCGGUGGCGGUGGUGGAGGCGGCGGCUGUUGA